AUGGGACGCAAGGAAGCUCCGCAGCCGCUCGCCCUGGCCGAUUCCCAUACUCAUGCCCAUAUUCGCAGCGGUCCCAGUACUGGUAGCAACGGUUCUGCUACGCUCAGCGCACCUACUUCUUCGACUCCGAAUUCCAGUGCUUUGGGAAUCAAGGGAGCGCAGAGUCCUCGUGGAACUGCUGCUGCUGGUGAAACAAACCUCCAAGUGAUUUCCCCCGCGCCCUCCAAAUCACCACGAUCCCCCCGAUCGCCAUUUAGCAAGUUCAACACCUCCAAAAAGCCAGAGACUAGACUAGUCCAUACGUCCCAUGGGACGUCGCCCUCGCAAUUGCAAUCAAAGUUCUCAUCUUCGCAAGGCUCUGAUUCCCCUCGAUUCGAUUACAAAGCGGGACCUGUCGCAGAGAGCUACGAUCAAGAAUACUACCACUACCCCCAAAGCGCUCAUGCGAACCUCUCGGACUCUCGACCAAAUCAGCCGAACCCGCGUGACCGGACGCCCUCCGCCUCCCCCGUACCACCGAGUGGAGGCAUAGAUGCUGGGCGCAGAACUCCAACAUUACUAAGAGACGGCGCUGGGAAUUUCCAGAUUGCCGGACCGCAGCAACCUGUGUCACGAAAGACUGGGCGUGAAGAAGAAAAACACACAAGGAGUGCAAGCCGUUUCUUCAACUUCAAAUCAAAAACCCCGCAACAUCGACGGGGGCAGACAAAAGAUUCAUUUCGGAAUCGCGACCCAAGCCCGAACCCAAGAGCCAACGACACGAACAGUAGCAGCGAGGGGAUGUCCCGAGGCCCAGAGUCGCAGUUCAACUCAGAUCGCGGCCCACCUAGAACGGCGAGACAAGCAGACCAGCCAACUGGACCAUACUCAAUACAAAGGCCCAUGGCGUCACAGCGCUCCCACUCAGACCUGUCUCUGACUGGCGACAACGAAAGCUCAUCAUCAUCAAAGAAGGGCAAGCCAAAGCCAUUCACGCUUCUGACUAGGACCAAGUCGAUGAAGGAAAGAGAGGGCCCCAGCCCAAGAGAGGCCGCAUCUGACAUAAGGAUACAAGAGCCAGAGCGAACAUACGCAGCCCCUCGCCACCAGCCUUUGAAGACGGCACAAACGGACAAGGAGGCGCUACACGACCGUUCUCAUAGACAUGUGAUGGACUCUUCUGAGCGCAACCACUCUGCGGACCGGGCUACGCAUCGGGAUAGAGCAAAUAAGGAUCUGCGACCCGAUAGAGACAACCAGAAUCGCAGCCAUCCGUCAUCUUUCAAAGAAAGUGCCGGCUCUACGUUCCUUGGCAAUCUGAAGAGUUCAGGCUCACGAGCAGCCGACAUCUUCUCCAAUCGCUUCUUUGGCAACAAGUCUAAUCGCAGCGCAAGCAACACGGAGCGAGAACCUGUAGUGGACGAUGAGCAUUAUCAACUCAAGGUGAUAAAUCUACCUUUGGUGGAACAGGCACGGAAAACAAGGAUAUCCAAAAAGCUUGAGGAUGCCCGUGAUAAGACCGAAUUCUGGAUGCCUGCCUUCCCCUGGCGUGCCAUCGACUAUCUCAACUACAAGGGAAGCGACGUAGAAGGUCUGUAUCGUGUUCCAGGAAGUGGACCGCAGAUCAAGAAGUGGCAGAGGAAAUUCGAUGAAGAGUAUGACGUUGAUCUUUUCGCACAAGAGGAUCUCUAUGAUAUUAAUAUCAUUGGUUCAAUGCUGAAGGCUUGGCUCCGAGAACUCCCCGACGAAUUGUUUCCCAAGGAGGCGCAAGAACGAAUCUCUCGCGAAUGCGCCGGUGCUGAGACAGUUCCGCAGCUAUUGAUCGACGAACUUUCGAACUUACAGCCGUACAACUACUAUCUGCUGUUUGCCAUAACCUGUCACCUAAGUCUGCUGUUGGCACACUCGGAAAAGAACCGAAUGGACUUCAGAAACCUUUGCAUCUGCUUCCAGCCUUGCCUGAAAAUCGAUGCGUUCUGUUUCAGAUUCCUAGUAUGCGACUGGAGAGAAUGCUGGAAGGGAUGCAAGAACGAAGCCAAGUUUAUUGAGGAGGAAUAUGCCCUCAUGCAUCAACCACCGCCAGCAGCACUCACUUGCGGCAAUGGCCAGACAUCAAGCAACUCCCAAUCUAAUGCUGGUUAUGUUGGUCCCGACGACGAUGAUGAUGCCAGUGUCGCACGAGGUGAUCAGGCGUACCAUGACGAAGAACAUUAUGAUUCCUCUCCAGGCAGCACACACGUUGCUCUACAAGUUCAAGGUCCCGACGAUCAGCACAAUGGGAAGCCACGAAAGAAGUCCACAGGUGGCAAUGGAGGCGCAAACCCUGCUGGCCUGACUGUCAUUUCCCAUGACCCUCAUGGACGAUCAAACGAACUGCGCCCGCUUUCACCCAUCAAGCCUCUUUCACCCCUCAACUUUUAG